AGUUGUUCGCAGUUUAGUCAAACAAAAAUUUUAAUUUAAAUUUAUUCUUAUUGUGACAAACAACAACGAAUUAGUGUUCAACAAUCAGCUAAAUAAAUCCAAUGCAGCAUAGUGACAGUGUUUGUGUGUGGGCGUGCGCGAAACAGCAUCAAAUUACACAAGUGUAAACGCAAAACAUUCUUUGAAGAACCAAACAAAUAUUGAUUUUUUCAUUGAAAAGGGCCCCGCGAGUGUUCUUCUUAUUAUUGUUGCUGUUGUUGUGCGUGCCAGUUAACUACAUACGCAUACACCGAGUAGCCAGUUUUAGCCAGCAAAAAGACUGCCAAGAAAACUCAAAGCAACGACAACAAACGCGCACAUCAGUAAAUUUCCACAAAUUUGUAAUUAAACUGCUGCCCAGAUCCCGUCUACCCCGCCGAACCACUUGAUUUGUGUUACAAUAACUGUUGUUGUUGUUGUUUGCUGGAAGUUCUUCAAAAAGAAACACAAGCAGAACGAACGUCAGACAGCGCACUGAGAGUUUUAUCUGCAUAUGAAAACCUCCCAGAGCAGGCUAAGUAUAGUGGAAGUGUGAGAGAGUGACAGGCCCACGCAUAACAUACAUAUACAUUUACGUAAUAUAAAGAGCGCAACUAGAACACACGAAAGAAAGUAAGCAAAAAAAAAAAGAAAAAACACAAACAAUGCCGCAAUCAGAGGGCGGCUAUGUGUCGCUGCCGGCGAUGAAUGGCAAUGGCAAUGGCAGCGCCAUCUAUCAGUCCACCACAGAACCACAGGCAGCAUCGCCCACCUCCGUCUUUGAGAGCAUGAAACGUGCAAUUGGUCAGGCGAUCAAAUCCUCGCCAAGCGAUAGCGAGGAGCUGGUGCGCAUGGACCGACCGGUGGUCAUUGUUGGUGGUGGUUCCAGAGACCGCGACAAAACUGGUAAGACACUGAACACCAAGAUGCCAUCAGCACCAACACACACUGCCGAGGAGGCACAUCUGCUGGGCACUAUGCCCGUCGAUCCCAUGGAUGACAUCGAACUGCGCUCGGUGCAGCUGCAAUUUCCCAAUGCACGCGGCUCCAUUUUGGAGGCCUGCGAACAGCGACGUGUGCCCACAGACAAGGGCGACAUACAUGUCGCCAUACAGGGCGACACCUCAAAGCCGGCCAUAGUCACCUACCACGACCUGGGACUCAACUAUGCCACCAGUUUCGCUGGCUUCUUCAAUUAUCCAGUCAUGCGCGGAUUGCUGGAGAACUUUUGUGUGUAUCAUGUUACGGCACCCGGACAGGAGGAGGGUGCGCCUACAUUGCCAGAGGACUAUGUGUAUCCAACCAUGGAUGAGCUAGCAGCACAGCUGCUGUUUGUGCUCUCGCAUUUCGGCCUGAAGUCGGUGAUUGGCUUUGGCGUUGGUGCCGGCGCCAAUAUACUGGCACGUUUCGCUCAUGGUAAUCCGGAUAAGGUGGGCGCGCUGUGCCUAAUCAACUGUGUGUCAACACAAUCGGGCUGGAUCGAAUGGGGCUAUCAGAGCUUCAAUGCGCGCUUCUUGCGCACCAAGGGCAUGACACAGGGCGUCAUCGAUUAUCUGAUGUGGCAUCAUUUCGGCCGCAAUCCGGAGGAGCGCAAUCACGAUCUGGUGCAGAUGUACAAGCAGCACUUCGAGCGCGGCGUCAAUCCCACUAACCUGGCCAUGCUCAUCAAUGCGUACAUACAUCGCAACGAUUUACAUUUGGCGCGCACACCUCCAGGCACACCUGGUGCGGAGACGGCAGCGACCACGCUUAAGAUGCCGGUCAUCAAUAUAACCGGCUCACUUUCGCCGCACGUGGACGAUACGGUGACAUUCAACGGUCGCUUGGAUCCAACUAACUCAUCCUGGAUGAAGAUCUCGGAUUGCGCCAUGGUGCUGGAGGAGCAACCGGCUAAGCUGGCUGAGGCCUUUCGGCUGUUCUUGCAGGGCGAGGGCUACGCAACGCCGCUGUCAACGCCAGCUAGUUCUCCCUGCGGCACCAAAUAUCACACCUAUUCAUCGAUAUUCUUUGCCAACUUCCGUGAGCAACAAUUGCAGGCCGCCCAGGAAAGAGAGCGAGAGCGCCAGCUGCAGCUAAGCUUGCGCGUCGGCAAUCGACUGCGAGAGACGGCCAUCAACUGCAGCGGCAGCGGCAGCAGCAUGAGCAGCAGCGGCAGCAACAACAAUGCAAAUGAUCCGAAUAGCGAAGAGGAUCUGGAUGUGGAGAAUGGCAACGGGAAUGGCAAUCGGGCAUAUGUGACCACUGAUACAUCCGGUACGCUCUACUUUGGCACACAAAGCAACAAGAUACGCAUCACUGAGAAUCCACUGCCCGAGCCGAUUAGCUCUUAGAUUGUUAAAAACUACUCUUAUACUCAAACACACAAA